AUGAACACAUUUGAUUCGCUUCAGACGGGCGAGAGCCACAGGGCUACAGAUAUCCAGUCCUCACGGUCACCUACCAACACCGAUUCAGGCCUGUCCUCGUCUAUCGGCAGUACCCGGUCCCACUCAAGCUCUUUGCGAACCCAUGCACGCACCUUGAACCAGGAACAGAGCUCUCAGUCUACUGAGGCCACUCCAAUAAAUACGGCCGACCCUGCCCGGCGUAACUAUAAGUCGACCGAGCAGACUGAAAGCUCGCAACACAAGUCACAAAACCCAGACACUGCAAGCAAUGGCAAUGGCACGACCGCCAACCAGCCAACUAGUCAGGAGGCACCCUCCGAGCCCAAGCAGUCCUGGUAUACCAAGUUAGCAGAUCGAUAUGGCAGCCUCGAACUGGAAAACAAAGGCAGUGUUGCGCGCGACCAUCUUGCUUUAGAACGAACCUUCCUAGCUUGGAUGCGCACUUCAUUAGCCUUCGCCUCAAUCGGCAUCGCAGUAACGCAACUCUUCCGUCUGAACAGCGCGAACCAAGAUACAACCCGAAGUGCCUAUGAUAUGAGCCCAACUGGCGCCAACCCAGCCAUUCUCCCACCAAACCUCUCCUACGACUCAGCCUCCUUCCACGCAUCAUCCGCCUCCUCUCGUCUUCGCAGCGUAGGCAAACCCCUCGGCUCAACAUUCAUCGGCGUCUCAAUCCUCAUCCUGAUAGUAGGAUUUCACCGCUAUUUUGAGAGCCAGUAUUGGAUUAUUCGGGGCAAAUUCCCUGCCAGUCGUGGCAGUGUUGCCUUGACAGCGUUUGUGGCUGCUGCGUUGAUUAUUGCCGCGCUUGCGGUUAUCUUGGCUGUUUCACCGGGUGCUGUGGAAGGUUAA